AUGGAAGACGAUGCCAUGCCAGCUCGUCCUGAGGUCGAGUUCGACUUCAAUCUCCCGCAUGGCCUUGACACCGAACAAGAGACAGUCGCGCACAAUGCUGAUCACGAUGAUGUAACGCGAUCCAGAAGCGAGGGUGGCCUUGAUCAUCAUGAGCCGAUGGAAGAUGUUCAGCAAGUGGUGCAGGGAGAUCUUGACCUGGGUCUACCUCACCAGAACGCAGCCCAACACGAUAUGAACUACAACGCCUUGGAAGAAGGAUUUUCCGACGACGAGGAUGCCCCGGAAGCAUUCGACCGCUCUUGGACUGCUCAUCAAGCUCGAAGGUCUUCGCCCAGGACCAAGAAGUCGCCGAGAACCGAUGAUGGCGACGAUGAACCCAGUCCUAGGAGCAAGAAACCACGCCAGUCACUUUUUGGAGGCUUGGCAAAGGAGGUGGAAGAAGACCAUUUCGACGAUCUUUUCGAGGAACAGCCUGACGAUCCCCUGGUAGAUGAGGAAUUAGACUUACCUGAGACGGAGAUGCCCAGACAUAGCAUCGGCAAUCGCAUGUCUAGUCUCAAUCUCGACCAGCAAGAGAGCGAAGUCAGUCCGUUCGAGCAACAAUUCAACCUUGGCUUUGAGCAACCCGGAGACUCCGACAGAGAAGGCAUGUCUUCACGAGCAUCUCCAGCGCCAUCUGACGGCGAGAUCGUCAUUCCCCCAGAUACACAGCCAGCCUAUGGAUUGCGACAAGGUAUCGACCGAAAGAAGACUUAUACCUAUGUCGAUCAGGACGCCUCUGGCAACUUCGAUCCCGCGCAAGAGACGCAAAAUAAGGCGCUGAAGUUGAAGCAAGCAAAGGCUGCCAAAGCCGCCAAAGCUGCAAAUCGUUUCAAGAAGGGGAAGCAGCGCGCACCUCAAGAGAAUAUCAUGAAGUGCAUUGUCAAACUACCCUUCAAAAGCUUCGGCAAUGUGAGGAACGUUACCAACGAGGAAGACCACUGGCCGGAGGAAUGGUCUGACAUCGAUUCUGACGCUGAGCGCGAACUGCAAGAGUAUCGAGAUUUCUUCCGCCGUAAGACACCUGAUCGCACCAUGCAGCAACCCAUCGAAGAUCCGCGUUCCGAGAUCGACGAUUUGACAGGUCAUCCAGUAGCGCGAGGCUGCACAUCUUGUCGCAACAACGAAACAGAUUGCUCUCUAGUAGCAGGCGGUACAUACCCUUGCCAGGAAUGCUUCGACAUGGCACAGGAGUGUGAGCCGAUCAUCUCGCCUACCGAGAAAGGCCGCUGCAAGCAAUGUGUCGAAGACAAUAACGAGCGCUGUUCUUUCGAAGACGAGCCGCGUCAAGCCAUCUGCAACCAUUGCGCCGACAACGAGUACAUAUGCGAAGCACUUCCGCCGGUGGGCUACCGCGCUGAACGGAUUAUCAUAGAUGAAAUCAUCUAUACCGAGAAUCGGCCCCACAUACAAUGCACGCACUGUCGCCUGGAAAAGAAGCGCUGCAGCCUGAAGAAGAAGACCGACAAGCCCCCGUGUAAGCGCUGCAAGAAGAAUCACAUCGGCUGCACGUUUCAGGAUCUUCCAAAGGUCGUCAAAGAGAAAAAGAAAAAGGUAUUGGGUCCGACUGAGGGAGACGCACCGGAAGUCGCUGUACCUGACCACGACUACUUCACUAAGGAAGACCUUGAAGAUCUAUACGGAGAAGACGUACCGAUGUUCUCACGCUCCCCAACCCCUGAGCUCGAGAUGGAAGACGAGGCUGGCCACAAGGGUCUGCUGACAAAGAUCAAGACAAGUUUCGCACAUCCUAUUCAGUUUGGUGGGCACAAGAACACUAGCGACUGCAAUUUUUGCGAAGUCCCGGUGUUUGGAUUCACCGGAAUGUUCGAGAAGGAAGUUCAUGUGAUCCGCUGGCACAACGGGAUGGGAUACACCGAAGUUGGCGGCGGACAUGCAGAGAACAGCAACGGCGCAACGACUAUGUGCCAGGCCUGCACUAUGAGCUGUCAGGUCAGGCUCACCGAGCACUUUGAGAACGACAGCAGCCUCAUGGCAGAGACGCUGGACCGCGAGCCGAAGGCUAGCGGGGAUGACGAUGACGAUCCCGAGAACACUAUGGUGGUCAGGGCAGACGUUGGUUUUCUUUCGAGGGAUGGACUACUCAUGGCUAGUCUUGCACAUGAAGAGGAAGAGCCAGAACUCUGA